UUUCUUCAGAUGGAGGGACUGAGUCCUCUGCCUUAGUUGAUGACAACGGUAGUGAGGAGGACUUCAGCUAUGAGGACCUCUGCCAGGCCAACCCUCGGUAUCUGCAGCCAGGAGGGGAGCAGCUGGCCAUCAACGAGCUGAUCAGCGAUGGCAGUGUAGUCUGUGCAGAAGCGCUGUGGGACCAUGUGACCAUGGAUGACCAGGAACUGGGCUUCAAGGCUGGGGAUGUCAUCCAGGUCUUGGAAGCCUCUAACAAGGACUGGUGGUGGGGUCGGAACGAGGAUAAGGAGGCCUGGUUCCCUGCCAGUUUCGUCAGACUCCGAGUCAACCAGGAAGAGCUGCCAGAGAAUUCUAGCAGCCCCCUUGGUGAGGAGCAGGAGGAGGAUACUGGCAAGUCCCGCCACAAGCACCCUGAGAGCAAGCAGCAGAUGCGCACCAAUGUCAUCCAGGAGAUCAUGAGCACCGAGCGGGUAUAUAUCAAGCACCUCAAGGACAUCUGUGAGGGCUACAUUCGACAGUGUCGCAAGCACACGACAAUGUUCACUGUUGCGCAGCUCGCCACUAUUUUUGGAAACAUUGAAGAUAUUUACAAAUUCCAAAGAAAGUUCCUGAAAGACCUUGAGAAACGGUACAACAAAGAGGAGCCUCACUUAAGUGAAAUAGGAUCCUGCUUUCUUCAACAUCAAGAGGGCUUUGCCAUCUACUCCGAGUACUGCAACAACCACCCUGGCGCCUGUGUGGAGCUGUCCGAACUCAUGAAGCAGGGCAAGUACAGGCACUUCUUUGAGGCCUGCCGCCUGCUGCAACAAAUGAUUGACAUUGCCCUGGACGGCUUCCUCCUCACGCCCGUGCAGAAGAUUUGCAAGUACCCCCUGCAGCUGGCCGAGCUGCUCAAGUACACCACGCAGGAACACAGGUGAGGACACUUGGGCCCAGGGGGCCAGAA